AUGUGGCUAGGAACAAUCUUGAAUUCCUUCGAGGAGCAAGCGCCGCAGGUCAAAGCAGUGUCGCUGAUCGGCACAGUGUCGCCAACUGCGACAGCAUCGCCGACUGCGACAGCAUCCCCGAGCGGAGCAGCGUCACCGACUACGAAAGUAGCGUCGAACGGAACAGCAGAGCCGACCACGAAAGCAUCAUGGAACAGAUUGGCAACACCGACUGCGACAGCGUUACCGACCGAUGCAACGGAACCGAAUGACGUAAUGUCGGCGGAUGGUACAUGCAGCAACUACUGCCCGGGACAAUCCUUCGCCGAGCUGCUUUCCGGCAUGCAGUGCAUCAGAGAUUAUCGAAAGUCCUCAUUUGACACGAGUAGUACGCCGUAUUUCGAGCUUGAGUGUCUUGGGCAGGACGGCCAAUGGUAUUGGGUCGCCGAGUCUGAUAUUCAUAGAUUUGUUCCCUCUGCCGUCGGCACCUUUUGGGGAUGCGGGCCAGAGGACUGGAGACCCCCAGAGACUAAAAAAGGAGAAACAGGAAGGGAGGUAUGGAAGCGACCGCUCGCGAUGGAUGAAGAUGGUGUCCCUGAUAUACUUUUGAUCAUGGACCGCAAGACUUCUCGGAGAGGUCCAGCCCUGUGUCUCGUACAAAAGGUUGGAUAUCCUGCAGUCGAGCUGGCAUGGGUUGAUGAGAGAACUGCAAGGGAAAUCUAUACUCAUGAGUAUGAGAUUUACUGUUUGAAUCACGCCGAUUGCCGCCAGGUUACGGAUGAAGAAGAGCGUUGGCUUUCUGCAAUCGUUGGCCAUCGUCUAAACGGCGAGAAGGGUUCUCAAAAAGCAGUAGAGCUAUCAUGCCAAUGGACGAAUGGCACCGAAACUUGGGAGGCCGAGGAUCAGAUGCAGAAGAAAUACAAUGCUGCCGUUCUGACAUAUUGGCAGAGCGAUCCAAAGGCUCGUCGCUCCUGCAAAGUCCCGGAUCGGCCCCUACAGAUUUUGGGACACAAGGUGUCCGGGGCUGGGCUGCUCUUGAAGGUUCAGAUGAAAACGUUCUCAUUGCGCGCCGAACGUCCCACUGGAGCCGGUCAAAAAACUGUUACGGCAGCGGCCAGAAACGACGAGGCAGUACCUAGAAGAUCAGGGCCUGGCCUCCUACAUCACGAGUACCGGAGUCGAACGACAGUCGGAAAGACCACAACGGCGUUGAGUUGCAUCCGCAAUUUUGUCCGUUGCCGCCCUGAGACGGUCGCAGCUGGGCUGAAGUACUGGGGGACUCGAUCGGAUAGGAAUUGGGCUACUGAGCGCUUCAUCUGGAUCAACUGCGCGUACUGGGGACCUGCUCUCCAGUAUAAGCCUUCGCGCCAGCUGACCCACUGUAGGUGUAAUGGAAGGUGGGAACGGGGCCUGGAGUACUGGUAUCAACUGCGUUCGGUAUCAGAUGUCAGCGUUACCAAAAUUUGGCGCUUCCUACGGUGGUUCUCCAUGAAUGCCACGGGCAGUUAG